UUUCUUUUUAUUAAGUCUCCAUUUGCUUUCCUUAUAAUUUGUAUCCAUCUUUUAAAGAAUAUCUGGUCUUGUUGAAUAACAUCACAAAGCAUCUUCAAUCUCAUGGCUUCGUAUUCUGAACAAGAUGGAAAACCUUUACCGAAGUUUGGAGAAUGGGAUGUAAACGAUCCGGCCUCAGCCGAAGGUUUCACUGUUAUAUUCAACAAGGCUAGAGAUGAAAAGAAAAUUGCCUCUGCGUCUGGACGAUUUCCUUCACAGCGAAGAUAUGACUCUCGCCGUGUCAAGGAUAAUAAAAAACUAAACUCGUCCUCAAAGAAAAAGUGGUUUUGCUUUAGCGCUUAGCAAAGAUAAAAGGAUGCAUAUCAUGUAUUUUCUUAAACAGAUGGAAGAACAGAAAAUGGAAAAAAUAGUCCAGCUUGCUCAAAUCAUUGAUUGGUGUAGCUUCUAGGUGUUGAUUUCAUGCAUCAAAGCUACUUAAUUAUAAAUUCAACAUCCAAAGAUUUAAUGUAAAUAUAUAUACAUUUUUUGCUAUAUAUUGCUUGAGAAAGCAUGGCAUUUUUUUUAUUUUUUUGUUCUUUUUAUAAAUUUGCUCAUGAUAUGUACUAUAUAAUCUAAUGUAUUAGGAAACCAAUUACUAUGAUAUGUUCGUUGAAAGUUGAAAUAUUCAUGAUGGUUUGAUUGAUUGAUUGAUUAAUCUCAAGGUCUUCACAUUACUCCAAUGAAA